UUGAUCUGGCGAUGUGACGCCAUAAGUCUGCGCCACACUCUCAUCUGAAGAAGGGUUUGAGUUUUUACCAUUAAACAGUGUUUAAAUUAGUGCCGUCGGAUACGUGUAUGCUUUUGCAAGAAAUGCAGAAUAAGUUAUUACCGAAUAUAACAUUGUAACGCUUUAUCUAAGUAAAACAGAUCCGCGCGAAAAAGCGCGUCUAAUCGAUAUAUCGUAAAUCGAUUUAUCGUGAACGCGAACUCGGUCUCUUUCGAUGAGGAGCUGCAGAAAGCCCGAGCUAGUUCGUUUAAAAACGAUUGAGUGAUCCGAAGCGCAAGCGACACCAGCUGUUCAGAACUGUGUAAAUGCAACGAGAGCCCUAACGUACAACGACAACACGUCUGAGCUCGUGUUCAGAAAAAGUUCUUCCUCCGUUCAUCGAUCUCUUCCCGAACACGACAGCGCCCGAUGAGGCGACACGCAUCCACGCUCGGGUUGUGAAGAUGGCGUUUAUUAAAGAGGAGAGUGAAGACGUGAAGAUUGAAGAAGCCUUCACAGUGAAGCAAGAAGAUACUGACACACAGACAGCCCUGGUGGCGCUGAAAGAGGAGAAUCGAGAGCUGAAUGAAAUAGAUGAGAAACACGACUCCAUGACCGAAGAAAAAGUGUUUCAUUCGUCCGAGACUGAAAAGACUCUGUCCAGAAAGAAAGCUAAAAAGACGGCGACUAAAGGCGUUUACACCUGCCAACAGUGUGGGAAGAUUUUUAAUCAAAACAGAAACCUUACGGUCCACAUGAGAGUCCACACCGGAGAGAAGCCUUACGCGUGCCAGCAGUGUGGAAAGAGUUUCAGUCAAAAAGCAAGCGUUAAGGUCCACAUGAGGGUCCACACCGGAGAGAACCCCUACACCUGCCAGCAGUGUGGAAAAAGUUUCAACAGGAAAGGAAACCUGACCGUCCACAUGAGAGUCCACACGAGAGAAACCCCAUUCUCCUGCCAACAGUGUGGAAAAAGCUUCACUCAGAAAGGAAGCCUCAAAGUCCACAUGAGGAUUCACACCGGAGAAAACCCUUUCACCUGCCAAGAGUGCGGAAAACAUUUCAUACGGAAAGCCAGCCUCAAAAGCCACACGAGAGUUCACACCGGAGAGAAGCCCUUCACCUGCUCUCAAUGUGGAACCAGUUUCAAACACAAAGGAACGCUUAACGCUCACAUGAGGAUUCACACCGGAGAGAAGCCCUUCGUGUGCGGCGAGUGUGGAAAGUGCUUCCGAUUCACGGUGACACUCAGUCACCACAUGAGGAUUCACACAAGAGAGAAGCGUUUCGUGUGUCACCAGUGUGGAAGGAACUUCACGGACAAGAAGCACCUCAAGAGUCACGUGAAGGUCCAUUCGGGGGAGAAGCCUUUCAUGUGUCAUCACUGCGGAAAGACGUGCAAAAACAAGACGAACCUUGAGGUCCACGUGAGAGUUCACACCGGAGAGAAGCCUUACGUCUGCCCUCAGUGCGGGAAGUGUUUCGCGCUCAAAGGAAACCGCGAGGUUCACAUGAGGCUUCACACCGGAGAGAAGCCCUACGCGUGUCUCAAAUGUAAGAAGAGCUUCACGUAUCUCAGAGAGCUGAAGUGUCAUUUGCAAAGCCAUUCCGAAAAGAAACCACGCACGAGCGAUUUCCAAAAUCAUCUCCGUGUUCACUCUGGAGAAAGGCACUUUAACUGCGAGCGGUGCGCCAAAACGUUUCUUUCGGCGUCACGCUUGCACGUACACCUGAAAGGUCAUGCAGAUGUGAGAGCCUAUUCUUGUUCUCUCUGUAGAAAGACUUUUAAAUGGCUCGGCAGUUUGAAAUGGCACCAGAAGACAUGCUCGUCUGUCAAAUCAAAGCUGCUUUCACGCCGCUAGUGAAUGAGGCUGGUGUGAUUUGAGGUUUCCUCCCUCAGGAAUCUAGCGUUUCAUUUGAUAAUCGUGUUUUGGUCAUCUGCUGAGUUCCACUGGAUGAAGCACUGGUGGAAGGUCAUAACCUGGUGGAGGAGGAAGGAUCGGUCACCGUGGAGAGCCUUUCAACUCUCAGAGUACUCAUGAAUUUCGUUUUAAUUUCCCUUCCGCUGUGUCGACAUUCAAGGACUAUAGAAGCACGUUAGCUGAGCUCACUUGUGGCGUAUUUUAUUCAGAUUGAGUGGAAAAGCAAACUCAACCUUUUCUUUAAGGGAGCCAGUUCCUCAAUAUGACAGGGUGGACAACCGUUCAAGGGACAUUCACAAACUCUUUUUUUUUUUUAUUAUUAAAUAUAAAUACUGAUUGGUACCACUUGGUAAUAACUGCACACUAUGAAUCGUUAAGUAAUCGUUAGUAGUUGUCAGUACAUCCUUUAUAAAAUAUUGUCCCAACACAUUUGGUGAAUCAGUUUAUAAACACAUCUAUAAAUGCCUUGUUCCUGAUUCAUAAAAGUUAUUACAAAGCAGAUUUAGAGAAUUAUGAAAGUAUAGAUUUAUAGCUGUAUUUAUAAACUCAUUUAAAGUGACUAAUGAUUCAUAAAGUGUUUCCUAUUGUUUUUAUUACCAAAUGAUCAAUACACU